AUUUAAAAGGAAUAUGACAUUUUACUUCAGCCACGAGUAUCAGCUGACGUAUCAGCUGAUCUUUUGAUAACCUCAACGUAAGCACUCUCAAUAUACGUGAACAAAUAGUCCGAACGACAUCAGUAUUUAUUAUCUUAGUUCGACCGAACUGAAUGUCAUCAAAUUAAAAAUCCAGCGAAACGGACGAAUAUAUUAUUCUAUUGUAUGAGUUGGCGUUCAAAACAUGUCCAGUCCAGAGGAGGUGACGGAAAAUCUGACGGCACAGGUGAACGAACUGCAAGCUUUGCAGUCCGUUUACCCGAACGAGCUCGUCGUGGCGGACUAUGGGGUUUUGGCUGAUAUCAACAAAUACAUUGAGCACCCCGAUCGAGAAUUACCCCGAUGGUUGGAAUACGCUAUCGCAAUCCCGUUGAACGGUAAGAAUAUUGAGUUGCUAGUCAAUCUACCAACCAAUUAUCCACAAGAGCAGCCUGAUGUAUACGCAAGAAGCUCUUGCUUGGACAGAACACAACAGUGCCUACUAAACAAGGAGCUGUCUAUUAUCAUGAAAGCCCAGGAAGCAGGAGAGCCUUGCAUUUAUACACUGAUAUCAUGGCUGCAGGAUAAUGCAGAAACUUAUUUUGAGGCUUCAGCAUGUAACCAAGCAAUUAAAUGUGAUGACACAACUAAGAAUGACAUGGAAGAGACACAGACUGUGGUGACUUACUCUAGAUAUUGGAUUUACAGUCAUCAUAUAUAUAGCAAAUUUAAACGACGAGAUGUGGCGAAUUUGGCAAAAGAAAAUUCUAUCACAGGAUUCUGCUUAGCUGGUAAACCAGGAAUCAUUUGCAUGGAAGGAAGUCUGGAAGAUUGCGACUAUUGCUGGCAAAAAAUUAAAACUAUGAAUUGGCACAGGAUAUUAAUAAAAUUAUUGGAAAAAGAGGAAGAUUGCAAUGAUGUAGACAGCAUGCGCAGGUUUACAGAUUUUCAGGAGGUCUCCUUUCCUACCACUGAACGUCACAAUGAUAUGGGUCAACUUCUCAAAUAUUUAUCAGACCACAACUGCCAGCAUGCAUUUAAGGAACUUUUUGGUAUCGAAGGAAAGUUCAGCAAAUUUUCAGAUUGAUAUAAUUAUAUAAAAAUGUAUAUAAGAGUAAUAAAUUUAAUAACACAGGUAUUAAUAUUAAA